AUGGGAAACAUGUGUGGUGGAGGGGGUAUGACCCCCGACGAAGUGUCGGCCAAGCAGGCCUCCAAGAAGAUCGACAAAGAGCUCGAGAAGAGCCGGAACGAGGCACAGAAAGAAGUCAAGCUCCUCCUGCUUGGCGCGGGCGACUCCGGCAAGUCGACGGUGGCCAAGCAGAUGCAGAUCCUGCAUCUCGACGGUUUCAGCCACGAUGAGCUGAUGCAACAGAAGCCGCUCGUCUUCUUCAACAUCAUCGAUUCGUGCCAAAAGCUCCUCCGAGCCGCCAAGAACCUCGGCAUCGAGAUCGAACUCAGCGAGGAGGAUGUGGAAUAUAUCCUGGAUAUCGACUUGAUCGAAGACAUCACGAUACACGGCAAGACGGCCGAGGUGGCCAAGGCCCUCUGGGCCGACCCCGGGAUCCAGCAGACCUACGCCCGUUCCUCCGAGUUUCAGCUCAACGACACAGCCCAACAUUUCUUCGAGAGCAUUGAUCGAAUUGCGAGCCCGACCUAUCUGCCGGACAACAACGACAUGCUGCGCCUCAGGAAGAAGACCACCGGCGUGCUCGAGACCAAGUUCGAGACCAAGGGCCUCUUCUUUCAGCUGGUGGACGUGGGCGGGCAGAGGAAUGAGAGGAAGAAGUGGAUUCAUUGCUUUGAGAAGGUGACGGCCAUCGUGUUCGUCGUCUCGCUCAACGAGUUCGACCAAAAGUUGGAAGACGACGAGUCGAUGAAUAGGAUGCACGAGUCGCUGACCCUCUUCGGCGACAUCAUCAACAACAGAUGGUUCCAGAACACCUCCAUCAUCCUCUUCUUGAACAAGAAGGAUCUCUUUGCCGAAAAGAUCAAGAGGGUCGACCUCAGGUGUUGCUUUCCCGACUACAAGGGCGGGAAUGACUACGACAAGGCGACGGCGUACAUUGAAAAGCAAUUUUUGAAGAAGAACGGUGAGGUCAAGACGAGGUUCGUCUACACUCAUCUGACGUGCGCCACAGACACCAAGAACAUCGAGGUGGUCUUCAACUCGGUCGUCGACAUCUUCCUGUCCAAGCUUCUCAACCAGGUGGGCUUCUAA